AUGGCAGACUUGCCUAUUGAAAGAACUACCUUUAGUCGCCCUUUCACUAAUACCGGCGUUGACUUUGCUGGCCCUUUCGAAAUUAAAAGUUUUACAGGCAGAUACUCUCGUAUUUCAAAAGGUUAUGUGUGUCUCUUUGUCUGUUUCUCUACGAAGGCUAUUCAUCUGGAAGCAGUAAGUGAUCUGUCUACUCCUUCGUUUUUAGCCGCUUUAGCUCGUUUUAUAGCACGUCGUGGUUGCCCAAGUCGUAUUUUCUCCGAUAAUGGUAGAAAUUUUGUAGGUGCUGCACGAGAACUAGAGUCUAAUUUUGAAAAAUAUGUAAAGGAACUUCGGGAUACUGCUAUUGAGAAAUAUGGUCAUCAACACUUGGAAUGGAGUUUCAUUCCUGCUGCAGCCCCACAUAUGGGCGGUCUGUGGGAGGCAGGCGUGAAAAGUCUAAAGAUGCACUUCAAGAAAACGGCUGGUCAGUCAAAGUACACUUUUGAAGAGUUUGCAACUCUUUUAGCAAGAAUAGAAGCGUGUCUCAACUCUCGCCCAUUAGCUCCUAUAUCAGAAAAUAUUGAGGAUUUGUCUGCUCUAACUCCAGGACAUUUUUUAAUAGGUUCUUCGCUACUUACUCCAGCUGAACCAGAAGAAUCAGAUUUAGCUCAUAAUAUACUCAAUAGGUGGCGUAAACUAAAGGCACUGCAACAGGAACUUUGUCGGCGCUGGAAAGAGGAGUACUUAAAAGAACUACAAAAGCGUAACAAAUGGAAACAUCCUCAAACCAACCUUAAAGAAAAUGAUCUUGUUGCUCUAAAAAAUGAACCUUGUUGUCCUACUGAAUGGCGCUUAGGUCGUAUAGUAAAAGUUUUUCCUGGUUCUGAUGGUAUAGUUCGGGUGGCUGACCUCAAAACUCAAAACGGCAUAAUUACUCGACCGAUACACAAAUUAGUUCUGAUGGUUUUGAGAUGGUUUGUACCAUUGAUUGCUUUUACUUCUUUUUUUGAUACUUAA